AUGCUCCUCAACGCCACCAUCCCUCUGUCGGUAGACUUUGACAGUCCGGUGGAUUUCCUCAUCUUCAUCUUCCACAUCCUGUUUGCCACCAGCUCCGCGCUCCUCGCCGGCUCGGUGGUCGUCGGGAUCUCCUCCACGCGCUCCCUGCGAGGUCAGAACCGGUUCAUCUUCAUGCUGAACACGAGCAUCAGUGACACUCUGACCGGCUUCUCGGUCUACUACCUCGGCCUCUUCGACGUCCAGGAGGGUUAUCCCUCCAGAAACGGGACGUAUUACAUUCUACCCUCAUUUCUAGGUGUCAAUGUGCUGACCUUCCUCUUUGCUCAGUUUGACAGAUACUUCGCUGUGUGCCAUCCGUUCUUUUACAACCGCUACAUAACGAGGUCUCUGGUGUUCGGAAUCUGUGCGUUUUGCUGGAUGUACACGUACACGAUCCUGACAGUGCAGAACAUGGUGCCCAUUUCAAAAGCGGCACAGAUAAACGCGUUCGGUGUGAUGACUCUGCAGAUUAUAGUUCUCGUAAAAGUGUUGAUGACUAUUAAAUUAUACAUCAUAGCCAGGAGUCACCUGGUGAGAGAGGCGCCUAGUGCGGAGAGAGACAACAAGAAGGAGUCUCUGCGCAUCAUUGUGUUUGUGGUUAUCUGCUUCUUGGCUCUGUGGUGUCCUUCUUUUGUUAAUAUUAUAGUCAGACAGCUGACGAGGAACGGUAUGAGGUUUAGAAAUGAGGCCACUAACCUGUUCGCCAUCUUGGCGCGCCUGAACGCACUGGUCACCCCAGCGCUGUACAUCUGGGGCAGUCCGGCGCUGCGCGAGGCCGUGUGGAGGACAGUGUGGAGGAGGGUGUGCCGCCGGAGGAGGGCCAGAAUUGGCAUCACAUUACACGGAGUCACAAACAAACUAUAGCAAAAAGACCAGCUUAAUCAUCAUCAGAUGGCAGCCCUAUGUCAGAUCACAUGGCUGAAGAGAAAACAUGUGGUGUAAUCAGUUUUGAACGACUGUGAUCUCUCAUUACCGCGUUUGAGUUGAAAGAUGUCUGUAGAUAAACGCGCUUGAUCAAUGAGGCAGUUGUUUGUGUGGAAAUUCAGUUGUGAUUUCAUAUCUAAAAUAUGGACCGUGUUUGAGAUUCAUAGGGGGCAGAAAUGUAAA